AUGUCGGACAAGCUGACGACAACGGAGGAGACUCUUCUUGCGCGGACCGCUGAGUUAACAAACGCGCUUAGCGACCUGGCAAAGUUGAAGCACGAGAUCGAAGGCGCGUAUGCGCUAGCCGCCCGCACGAGGGCCAGAGAGGAACAGAGCAAAUUCCAAGAGCGCGAGCUACAUAGAAAGGUGAGGGCUGCCGAGGAAGCUCGGAGGAUGACCGACCACGUCGUGGAAGAAUACGCGGAUCUGGUUCGCUCACUUGAGGGUAGGGCAAGCACGACGACGCCAACAUCUGACACCACAUUGGUCGAGACUCUGAAGGAUGGAAAGACUGGACUACAGAGGCUGCUUGAAGAAUUCAACGGUGAUACGGAGAGAUUGGAGAACGAGAUUGGGAGACUCCACAGCGAAUUAGAGCUCGCCGAGAUCAAGUGGGAGGCGGAAAAGAAGAACGCAGAUCGAGAUCGUGCCAAUUUAGCGCAAGCAAAGGCAGAGCUUGAAAAGCACCAAGCAGACGACAAGGCCGCUGCUAAGAUGGUCUCGCGGUACAUGUACGUGUAUAUCGUCUCUACCCACCCUUGA